AUUAAUAUGUCCGAAGUUACUUUCUCCACAUUUGUUUUGUUUUAUUGAUAAUAUUAUAUACAUUUGUGUUAUUUUUUGUAUGUUUAUUUCAUUUUGCAGUCUAAGACUAUGAGUAAAGAACGUGGAGUUUUCAAACUGAUUUGGAACAAUUUUAUAUUGUCAUUAAAACCUCGAUUUGCUCGUCGUAAAUUGGUAGGUGAAGAUCAUUAUGGCACAAAAUAUUAUGAAGAAGAUAUAAAAUAUUCUAUCCGGAAAAGGUCUUCUCGAUAUUUCGAACCUGUAAACAAAGAUGAUUUUGAACAAGAAUUACCAGCAGAAUGGGAAGCCUGGUUGAGAUAUCGUAGAAAAAAUCCACCUACACAAGAAGAAACAGAAGCUAAUUAUCGGUUAUCAAUAAACAAAAAAAAGAAUGCAAAACUCUUAAAAGAGCAGUAUUCCAAGAAUAACACUGAUCUUGCUUCAUCUACUUCUCAGUCUACUCCAGGAAAUUUCCCAGUUUAUGAAGAGUAUAAAAAUGCUGGUAGAGAUUAUAAACCGAAAGAUGCAUAUAAAGGAUAAUAAUCUUAGAAUUAAAAUGUUGUAUUCAUAUAGCAUUGUAGUAUUUAUAAUUAAAUAAUAAAAAAUAAGGAUAAUAAUCUUAGAAUUUAAAUGUUGUAUUCAUACAGCAUUAUAGUAUUUAUAAUUUUAUAGUGGAUGAUAAAAAAAAAUUUAUAUCUUCAAAUUGUAGGUCUGCAUGUAUAUAUGUACGCGCGCGCGCGCGUGUGUGUACGCGUACGUACACACGAUAAUGCAAUCUUGUGAACGUAUUAUGAAAAUUCAAUAAAACAGUUUUUAAAGCUGUAAAUAAAGCGCACUUUAUUAUAUUUUGUUAUGUUCUCUAUAUAUGUAAAUUAGAGAUAUAUUGCCUUCAUGUACAAGUGAUAUUUAACAUUCAAAUUAGAAAAGUAAAUUAUCAGUUUUAUAGAUAAUUUAGCGCGGUGAUAUAAACAAAAUUUUAUUUCUUGAAAGAUUUAAUAAAUGGGAGAUUCUUUACCAAAGAUUACAAUUACAAAUCGAUUAGAAUCAAAUUUAACUUUUUUUUUUAUAAGAAAACGUU